CCAGGUCUUCCUAGGCGGUUAUGGAUAGUCCUGGAGAGUGAAGGUCAUACAAGGGCCUAGACACCAGCUAAACUCGUCCACCGAAGACUAGAUCAGAUCCCCGUUGUCUCGUGCAAGCUGCUGAGGAGAGAUCCAAGAUCCAAGAUGUUGAAGCUGGCUGUGGUUCUGCUGAUGGCUGUGGCGGCGAAUGCCAAGACCUACGAGAAGUGUGAACUGGCGAGAGAGCUGGUGUCUCGUGGCCUGACUUCACGGUCUCAGGCCGGAGAAUGGAUCUGUCUGGUGCAGCACGAGAGUAGCUUCAGGACCGGCGCGCUGGGCGGCCCGAACGGGGACGGUUCCUACGAUCACGGACUGUUCCAGAUCAACGACUACUACUGGUGCGACAACGGUGGACCCUACAACGACUGCGGCGUGUCUUGCUCCAACCUCCGUGACAACAGCAUUGCUGACGACGUGCGUUGCGCUAAGAUGAUCUACAACCGUCAUGGCUUCAACGCCUGGUAUGGCUGGAUCAACCACUGCCAGGGCCACAACAACGCCCACCUUGUCAACAGCUGCUGGUAAACGUCAUCAGUACGUCAUCAGCCACGUCAUCAGUCACGUGGCCGUCAUCAAGACGUCAUAUCGACUCCAGCAUACGUCACUGUGAUUCCUUCUGAUUCACGGCCCUUCAUAGGAGCCUUAAUGAAUAAAGCUUUGAUGAAAAAAAA